CAUCAUUGCCACAAGAUGUUGCUCGAUUGCACAUACUCGACUGGACAUUGCAUUGGGCCUUGAGACGUUUUAAUGCUAAACCACCGAUUCGGGGAGUGUCACCAUGGAUUUAAGUGACUGCAGUUAUCAAAGUGUCAUUUAUAAAUUCCAAGUGAGAAAAUACUACUUCCUUUUUUUUUCAGUCAAAUGUAACUGUUCAGUUUUCUUAACGGUUUGAUAGUUGGUAGCGGUGAACAUUUCUCCAUUUAGGGCCGUGCAGUAAUUCAAAGUUUGGGGGCUGUUCAUAAACAAGCUGCCGGAUCGGGGGAUGUGCAAGAAUGCCGCUCUAUAUACAAAAACGCUAUCUUGUUCCAUUGCUCCUUACACUCGGCGUGUGAACACACGAACAGCUGGAUAACUAUGACUAUGGAGUCGGUGACACUUCAGCCGGAGGCAGCUCAGUGGGCUGAAAACAGCAGCCUUUCAAAGUCCCUCACAUCUCUGGAGUUCGUCACCGUGCGCACCAUUGUCCCUCCUUACAUCAUCACCGUGUCCGUGCUGGGCCUCGCCUUGAACGCCUUCGUCCUGUGCGUGUUUUUUGCGCACAAGGAUCGCCUGACGGUAGCCGAGGUCUACCUGGGCAACCUGGCUCUGGCCGACUUCGCUCUUUUGUGCGGCCUCCCCUUCUGGGCCGCCAACAUCCUCAACAGUUUUGACUGGCCGUACGGCGAGGCCUUGUGCAAGCUGGUCAACUGCGUCAUGACAGUGAACCUCUACACCAGCGUCUACACCCUUGUCAUGAUCAGCGCGGACCGCUACCUAGCGAUCGUGAGGACCAUGAAGGCGAGGUGGCUGAGACGGACUCGGUACGCCAAGGUCAUAUGCGUGUUCCUCUGGAUAUUCGGGCUCUCACUCAGCACGCCGACCAUGCUGCACAGAAAAGUGAUGUACUUUGAAGAAUUCCAGAUGACGGCCUGCAUGUUGGACUACAGCCACGGUAGCUCGUGGAAGUUAGCCAACCAAGUUCUGCUGAACGUCGUCGGCUUCGUCAUCCCGACUCUGGUGAUCGUCUCCUGCAGCAGUUCUAUCGUCAAGGCUUUGCGACAGAGAAAAGAGAGCGUUGGACUUCAGGAUGUUAAUGACACGAAGGCCACAGUUCUGUUGUACGCCGUCACGUUGCUGUUCAUCCUUUGCUGGGGGCCCUACCAGGUUUUCACCUUCCUCGACACCCUCUGUGACAUCCACGUGCUGGACGUCACAGUAUGGUCCCACGCUCUGGACGUAGGGGGACAGGUCUCGGCUUAUCUCGGUGUCCUCAACAGCGCUCUCAACCCUGUUCUCUAUGUCCUCUCUGGGCAAUACUUCAGGAAGAAAGUUAGUUCUAUCUAUAGACGGGCUCUGCGUAGUCGUAGAGGAUCAGACAUUACCACCUAUCAGCGCUCCGUCGCCUCCACUUACAUUCACAGACCUGAGCAGAUUAAACCUGUUGUCAUUUAGGACGAUG